GCAAACAAUUUCUUGCUUAUGCAACAUGCAACUAAUUUUGCAAAUAAAAUUUUGAACUGAGAUUGAUUUAAUAAAGAAAUUUACUUAUUUUAUGAAAGAAAUGUUGAUUUGUUUUGGAAGUCCGUUAAUUGAUGUUAUUGUGAAAGUAAGUAAUGGUUUUUUGAAUAGAUAUAAUAUUCAACCAGACCAAACGAUUAGCGCGGAUUCAUCCUAUAAAGCAAUUUUUCAACACAUCUUGAAAUUGAAUCCCAAAUAUUUACCAGGAGGUAGUGUAACGAAUACUGCUAGAGUAAUUAAAUGGAUUUCCAGGAGUUCUAAUAUAUUCUAUGUUGGAGCAAUUGGCAACGAUACCUUUGGAAGUUUAAUUAAAAAUAAAUUGGAAAGUGAGCAUAUUGAUUGUUAUUUACCAAUUGUUGAUGAUAUUGAUACUGGAAAAUGCGCUGUUUUUAUUUCUGGAAAUGGACAACAUAGAUCUCUAAUUACGAACUUGGGUGCAUCUCAACUGUUUUCAGUUAAGGAGUUAAGUUCAAAUAAAUUAAGGGAAACAAUUGAGAGCUCCUUGUUUCUAUAUAUCUCUGCAUUAUUUCUUUCUGUAUCUAUUGAAGUUACUAAAAAUGUAGUUGAGGAGUUCAAAAAGCUUAACAAGAAGAUUAUCAUUAAUUUGGGUGCUGAUUUUGUUAUUAAUAAAUAUCCAGAUUUAGUUUCAUAUCUGUAUAAAAAUUCUCAUGUUGUAGUUGGAAAUGAAAAGGAAUUUUUAUGCUUUGCAAGAAAUAAUAAAGCGACUUUGGAAGGGAAAACCUUAGAUGAUAUCAUAAUAGAUACGGACAGUAUCUUUUCUACAAAUUCUGAUCGUUUGUUACUGGUAACAAGAGGAUAUGAAUCAGUUUUAACAUAUGAAAAUAAAUUAAUUAGAUAUUUUGAUGUUGAACCAGUUGAAAAUAUUGUUGAUACCAAUGGGGCAGGUGAUGCCUUCAUUGGAGGAUUUUUAGCCAAGUAUAUUGAAAAUGCAGAGUUAGAUACCUGUGUCAAAUGUGGUAUAUGGUGUGCAAGAGAAAUUGUACAAUGUGUUGGAUGUGAUUUUAAUAGCCAAGUUUCAUAUAAUAAUAUAUAAUGUGGGAAAAAUAAUGUAUUAUUUAGUUACUUAAUCAUAUAUAAAGAAUAGAGAUAAGAGAAUUCUUUAAACAAAUUUAUCUAUAUACAAAUUGUGUCAUUGUAUCUUUAUUCAAUAAUAAAUUUACAAGGAAUUCUUGU